AUGAAAGUGACAGUUGUAGGUGACCAUCCGUACUGUACUUGGUUUGAUGCACAAUCAAGGAUUGCCGUCUUGUUUUCCCACAUGUUCAAGUGUUCAGUUCCCAGUGAUACUGUACUGGUUCUGCUUUUGGUCCUUUGCACGCAGGCUGUUCGCGUGGAAUUGGUAGAGCUACUGUUAUUUGUUUCUCGUGGCUCAACCAGGUUUUCAAUUAUUUUUGUAGGAUUCACUGCGUGUACAUUUACCAAUCCAAUAUGGUUAGUGAAAACCAGGUUACAGUUGGACCAAAGGAAAAUAGGUCGCAACCUUGGUGCUCUACAGUGUAUUCAGAGUGUGUACAGAAAGGAAGGUCUUCGUGGAUUUUACCGUGGUGUCACUGCCUCUUACGCUGGAAUUUCAGAAACUGUUAUACAUUUUGUAAUUUAUGAACACUUGAAAAAAACACUUCGUGAAAAGCGUGGAACUCAAAUAGGAUCUGAGAAAAGUGCCCAGGACUUUAUGGAAUAUAUGCUUUGUGGUGCUUGUUCGAAGACGUGUGCUUCCAUCUUAGCUUAUCCUCAUGAGGUUGUCAGGACAAGACUUCGUGAAGAAGGCACAAAGUAUCGAUCAUUCAUUCAGACAUUAGCCACCGUGGCACGUGAAGAAGGACCCAGAGCACUAUACAGGGGACUUGCAACGCAACUUGUACGACAGAUACCAAACACAGCAAUAAUGAUGUCUACAUAUGAAGCGGUUGUCUACCUUCUCACUGUUCGAGAACCUAUCUUCUCACAUAAUUGAAACAAACAAACUUGUAAAUAACUUCAUUUCAGAUAUAGAUAUAUUUAUUGUUAUUUUUUUGUUUUUUUUAUAUAUACAUGUAUAUUAAUUGAUUUUUGUAUCGCUUAAAACUGCUUUAAAAAUUGUUAAAUUAUAGUUUGUGUGUACCGGUAAGUCUACUACUUCUGCUGCAUGUGAUAAUUAUUUCUUUUUUUAGGUCAUACGUUGUGAUAAUGUUCACCACUAUUAUGUCAGUCUCCACAAAAUGUCAUUGGGACUACAGCCCACCUUGUCAGUAUUGAGUGGUGUACUUAUUUACAAAGGAAAAAUGUAUGCAGCAUCUUUCAAACAUAUGAACCAUGAUUACUAUGUAGCAUUUUUGGAGAACCUAUAUUAACUGUUCGUUGUGUCAAAGUUGCACUAAAAAUGUUUUUUUCUUUGUUUUUUUCUUCACUAUUAUUUGUGCAUAAUUGAUGGUAUGAAUAUGCAGAUGUUCUGAAUUGAUUGCAACCUCCAGUAAUUUAAAACUAUCUUAAAUAUUGUUUCAGACGCAAUUAAAAAAUAUUAACAAAUUCAAACAGAAUCGAAUGAAGCAAAAACUAUUGCCAUCAUUUGGAUGUGUUAAAAAACGUUGAAAUUUGAAUGUGUGGAACAUUUCCUGUAAUUCGUGCAUAUUUAUGCCAUCUUAUUAAAUCAAAUAAUUUAAUUAGACCUAAAAGUGUUAUCUCAAGAGUUUAACAACAAAUAUUUACAAAGUGACUGUGUCACUGUCGACUCUUAAACGUCUUUAAAAUGAAUUCGAAAACAUUUUGAGAUAAUUUGUUCUUCCCCUCAUGACCAUGAACUGAAAAAUUGUUUCAAUCCAGACGGUUUCUACCUUGCAUACAAUAAUGAAGUGGGCGUGACAAUUUUGGUAUGGUGAAUGGAAUGCUGUCUGAUACCGGAUUUUACCAUCAUCGCCUGUUAUAUAUUAUACUUUCACAGGCACUUUCUUUGGUUUUCAUUGUCUAACCUGAAUUGACCUUAGUGUCAUGUCAAAGGCUACAAUGGUGCCGUUUUCUGAAUCCUGUGCGACACACUUGUUAAUUCUUGCAUUUCUACCUGAUCUAUAUAUCAAAUGCAGUUUUAAUUAAGAUUAGUCCUAGUCUGCCAUUUUCACUUAAAUAGGGAGGUUGGUUUCGUUCUGACCAGGCUUUCCUUGAAGUUCAAUCAAGAAAAAAAUAUAAUAUACUGUGACAACUCAACAAAACAGCCAUCCUUUAUCGAUGUCUUGCAUUUUAUAAAAUUAUUGAUUAUUCAAAAUAUAAUAAAUUGGCUCAAAAUAUCUUCAUUAACAUUCAAAUCGAAAAAGAGCAUUUUCUUUGUUCCUUUCGUGCAUUUUUUACUGACCAAUUUUGUUUAUGGCUGGUUUUUGAGAAUUAACUGUAAAGAUAGUCGCCAAGAACAGUACUACUGUGUACAAGGACUGCAGAACAGGAAAGUCGAAUGAUUCUCUAUUCCCAAUAUUUCCCCGUUAAACAACACCAAUAUUAACCAUUGGACAAAGUCUUUUCAGACACCAAAACAUAGUCUUGCAACUGAGGCAUUUUUUGGACCUAGAAUUUGAUGGUGAUUUGUCAAAAGUGGACCAGCAAUGUUUGCAACAUUUCAGCAAAUAAAAAUAAAAUAAACCAAGUGCUUAAAGUACAUAAAAUUGAAAGGUAGCAACUUUGACAAACGUAUACACAACUAUAAGCUAAUUAGAUGUGUAAUACGAAUUUGUAAAUGUUAUACAGCAGCUGUGGUUCUCUGGUCUGGUUUUCAUUGUGAAUAUUUUGGAAUUGUUUUUUUGUCCGUCUGUCAAUAAGCCUGAUAAGGAUUAGGAAAACUUAUUUUUCAUACAUAAGGAAAUUUAUUUGAUGAUUUUCCAGUUGAUUGCAAUCUAUAGCGUUUUGUUUUGCAGGCCAUUUUGUGAAAUCUGUAGCAUUGUAGGAGACCUUUUUAUUUUCCUAUAAGAGUAGUUUCCAAUAUUUUGCCUGUGUAAUACUAGUAUUUAAACUUUUUAAAACAAAAAUGAAGCAAUUGUUUCUUUGAACUGAACAGUUUUAAUUUGAUUAGUUAUGCAUUGAUCGUAAUUUUUCAUUAGCAUGGAAGGGGAAGUUUUACCUUCUACAUGCGUUAUUUCUUGGUUUUUAAGUUGACUUUUCUAACAUUCAAUUAAACAAUAGGUGCUUCUUUUUGGCAUGUGCCUGUCUUUUUUUUUUUUUUUUUGAUCAAUCAAAUCAUCUCAUGAAAAUAAAUAUUGAUUGAUGUUUUUUUUUAUUGGCUUAAACCCAAAGAAUGGGUUUUGACAGUAACAUUCUGGUUUAGUUUGAUUGGCAUAGUCAUGCAACACUGCAUUCUUUUUCCGGUAUUCAAUGUUGUAAAGAUUUUUUAUGUAAAUAAAUGUAAAAUAUGCAAGCUAUGCCUUGUUAGAUAGAUAUACACAAUAUUGUAAUUAUUUUAUGUGCAAUUAC